GCCGGCGGCGCAGUCGGGCGUGCGGCGCGGGAUGAACGGGACGGGCCGGGCGUACGGGAGCGACGGGGCAGCGCUGCCGGCCGGGGCUCGCCCGCUGGUCAGCGCCCUCAUGUUCUCGGCCGGGCUCCUGGGCAACCUGCUGGCGCUGGGGCUGCUCCUGCGCGGCCGCCGCGGCGCCCGGCAGCGCCCGCCCGCGCUGUUCCACGUCCUGGUGCUGGCCCUGGUGCUCACCGACCUGCUGGGCACCUGCUCCGUCAGCCCCUUGGUGCUGGCUUCCUACCACCGCAACCUCACGCUGACCAGCCUGGCCCGCGGAGGGCACAUCUGCCUCUACUUCGGCUUCGCCAUGAGCUUCUUCGGCCUCGCCACCAUGCUCAUCCUCUUCACCAUGGCGCUGGAGCGCUGCCUGGCCCUGGGGCGACCCUACUUCUACGAGCGCUUCCUGAGCCCCCGCACCGGCCUGGUGGCCCUGCCGGCCAUCUACAGCUUCUCGGCCGCGCUGUGCUCGCUGCCGCUGCUGGGCUUCGGGCGCUACGUGCAGUACUGCCCCGGCACCUGGUGCUUCAUCCAGAUGCACCGGGACCCGCAGCGGGCCGCCGGGGAGGCGGCGGGGCUCGACGUCACCUUCUCGCUGCUCUACGCCACGCUGCUGCUCUUCCUCAUCGUGGCCGUGCUGCUGUGCAACCUGAGCGUCAUCGUGAACCUGGCCCGCAUGCACCGGCGCGGGCAGCGGAGCCGCCGGCUGGCCGGCAGCGAGCAGCCCCGAGCGGCCGCGGGCUGCGGCCGCCGCAUCUUCUCCAUGGCCGAGGAGAUCGACCACCUCCUGCUGCUCUCCAUCAUGACCAUCACCUUCGUCAUCUGCUCCCUGCCCUUCACGAUCCGCGCCUACGUCAACAAGUUCCGCGAGGAGCAGGGCGACCACGAGUGGGACCUGCUGGCGCUGCGCUUCCUGUCCAUCAACUCCAUCGUGGAUCCCUGGGUCUUCGCCAUCCUGCGGCCGCCCGUGCUGCGCCUCAUGCGCUCCGUGCUCUGCUGCCAGCUCGGCCCCACGGCCCCCGCCGCGCCUGCUGCCGCGGCAAGGGCCCGGGGCAUCCUGCCUCCCGACGGGCAGUUCUGGGCCCCUCGCUUUGGGGAGGAUGUUGGGAUGUUGGAGAGCACCCAGAGGAGGAAAUGA